AUGAGUGAUUUCGAACAAGAAGAGUUGGAUAACCCUUUGAGGGUCAUAAUACUAUUAAACCCUGAAGUAGUGAAUGACGAAGGUUUAGAAAAAGAGUCGAAGGAUUCUGGAAAAGAAGAAUCAGAAGAAUCAGAAAUUGCUCCCAAAGAAAUAGUUACCGAUGAUUUAACUGAAAGGUUAAUGGAUUAUGUUCAAACUAUGGAAGAAGUUGAUGAAUUUUUCAAUGAAUUCGAUGAUAAAAUAGCUUACCCUAAUGAAGGACAUAUCAAAUAUGAAGUGGGAUCAGAUGGGUUAGUGGUAAUUUUGGUUGAUACUGCUGAUUUGAGAGAUAAGGUAGUGAAAUUUAUUGAUGAAUUUAAUGAAAAAGAUGAACCAAAGAGAAAGAGGUAA